AGAACCCUAACGUCACUUCCGGCAACAAUAGGAAACGUCAAAAGUCGGACCGUCGGUCGCUCUGGCUGCUGCAGCUUGAGGUGCGCUGAGUUCAGAGGGAUCCUGUGCUUCUUCUGCUAUUCUCGCUGCUGAUACCUCCACCGGCGUGAACAAGUAAAGUUUGAACCGCCAUCUCCAUGGCCUGGGCACCAGUUCCCGGCUGAGCCAUUUUCUUUUUGACUAAAAGCCCCCGCCCAGAGGCCGAUUCGUCGCGGCGGCGGUGGGGAUCGCAGGUCGCUCAGGCUUGCAGAUGGGUCAGGGGCUGUGGAGAGUGGCCAGAAACCAGCAGCUACAGCAAGAAGGUUAUAGUGAGCAAGGCUACCUCAGCAGAGAGCAGAGCAGGAGGAUGGCUGCCAACAACCUUUCUAACACCAGUCAUCGUAAACAAGUCCAAGGAGGCAUUGAUAUAUAUCAUCUUUUGAAAGCACGGAAAUCUAAAGAACAGGAAGGAUUCAUUAAUUUGGAAAUGUUGCCCCCUGAGCUAAGCUUUACCAUCUUGUCCUACCUGAACGCAACUGACCUCUGCUUAGCUUCAUGUGUUUGGCAGGACCUUGCGAAUGAUGAACUUCUCUGGCAAGGGUUGUGUAAAUCCACUUGGGGUCACUGUUCCAUAUAUAAUAAGAACCCACCUCUAGGAUUUUCUUUCAGAAAAUUGUAUAUGCAGCUGGAUGAAGGCAGCCUUACCUUUAAUGCUAACCCAGAGGAGGGAGUGAACUACUUUAUGUCCAAGGGUAUCCUAGAUGAUUCACCAAAGGAAAUAGCAAAGUUUAUCUUCUGUACAAGAACACUAAAUUGGAAAAAACUGAGAAUCUAUCUUGAUGAAAGGAGAGAUGUCUUGGAUGACCUUGUAACGUUGCAUAAUUUUAGAAAUCAGUUUUUGCCUAAUGCACUGAGAGAAUUUUUUCGUCAUAUCCAUGCCCCUGAAGAGCGUGGGGAGUAUCUUGAAACUCUCAUAACAAAGUUCUCACAUAGAUUCUGUGCUUGUAACCCCGAUUUAAUGCGAGAACUUGGCCUUAGUCCUGAUGCUGUCUAUGUACUGUGCUACUCUUUGAUUCUACUUUCCAUUGACCUCACUAGCCCUCAUGUGAAGAAUAAAAUGUCAAAAAGAGAAUUUAUUCGAAAUACCCGUCGUGCUGCUCAAAACAUUAGUGAAGAUUUUGUAGGGCACCUUUAUGACAACAUCUACCUUAUUGGCCAUGUGGCUGCAUAAAAGCACAAUUGCUAGGACUUCAACUAUUAACUUCAAACUAAAGUUACCCAAGGACUUAUUUAGCAGAUAUGGGGGUUACAUUAGUGCUGGUCAUUCUAGCCUCUGUAUACAAUCAAGCUCAAGAGUACAUCUUUUUUUUCCCCUUUUACUAUUUUCUUUUUUAGUAAUUUCCUUGGGGAACUAAAGAAUUUUGCAGAAUUUUUCUUAAUUUUGCUUAUCAUGUUUUGCACAAAGCAGAGCCAUUGCCUGACACAGCUGUUUAAGAAUGUUCAACUGACAUUAUACUCUAAAAGAUGGUAUAUUUGUGCAUUAGAUUGCUUGAAAAACUACUCAUUUUCAUUCUUUUUUAAAAUACCAUGUAAUGUGUACAUAUUUAACUGAAGAGAUUUAUAAUCAUAAUUAUUUUAUUGUAAAGAUUUUAACUAAAGCCCUUCCUUUUUCUCUCAAACUGAGUUCUGAAAUUUAUUUGAUUCUGAUAUGAGCUUAUUACUGUCUUCAUAAAAGUUGAAUCUGACUUGGAUAAAGACAAAUACCAGUUUCUCUUUCCUUUGAACUUUAUAAGAAUAUAGAUUUAUUACUAGUAAUAAGCAAAACAGGCACUUAUUUUUAUAAUAUAAAUUCGUCACUCGACUUUCCAUUUUUAAAAAUGAGUUAGUCAUUUCUCAGUAAGUCCUUUAAACUAUUUGAGAUAGCAAAAUAUGUUGAAAUAUAGGAUUCCCAUACAUAGGAACAGAACGCUAUUAAAACUUACAUCUCUUGUAAUUAUUCAAAAUUUGCCAUUCUCUUAACUUGAUAAUUUCUGUUUACAAUCAGUUGAGAAAGGGGUAUUGUGAGUCAGUCAUCCAAUAAUAUUUACCAAGGACCUUCUGUGUACUAAACACUGUGCUAGGUAGCAGCAAUACCUAGACAUGGGCCUUGCCUUCAUCGAUGUUACAUGAUUGAUAAGGAAAAAUACUGCUUCUUGGAGAGCAUAUGUAUGAAGCAUAGCUUAAUUAACAAUUAUUUAAUUAUGAAACACUUAGCAUUGAAAUGAUAAAGAAGAAUAUAUUUAUAUGGUAAGUCAAAAGUUUCCUGGAAAUAUUGCUAAGUGAAAAGCAUCAGCUUUGAAAUGAGACACUAUGUGAUGAUGAGUAGAGCUGCUAGUUUAGGGGGUAGAACUUGGAAGAUUAGAAACUUUUUACUGAAUGUGUACAGUCCAAGCUUCUUUCCAUAUCUGGUCCUAAGUAAAUAGUGGUUGAUAUUAUUACAACUGCAAGUGAUGUCCUAUAGAAUUUUCAAUGGCAAGACAUAAGGUAGUCAAACAAUUCUGGACGUCAAGGGGACUUUUAGAACGGAAGUUCUUGAGGAAAAUACCUAAAUUUUCACAUGUGCAUAAUAUUGAAUUCCAUAACAAGAUACUUCUUUGUAAUUUUUAACUUCAAAAUUAAUUUAUUGGAAAGUUUCAGAAGACCAACAAUAAUAAUAACAUUUUAUCAUUUCCAUUUUCCCAUUAAUCUCCUUUUCUUUCUCUCUCCCCCCACCCCAUCCCUAUCUCUCCCUUACCAUUUGGUUCUUUCUACCUCUGUUUUAAUUUUACUCUCUUUUCUUUCCUUCUUUAUAGUUUUUUGUAUCCUCCAUUUCACAGUUUUCCCCUUUUUCGUGUUUUAUUUUUUCCACCCUGACCUGAUUACAAACGUAGAUGGGCAGUAUUCUUUUUUUAACAUUUUCUCACGAAAAUUUUCAAACAUAUAAAAGUUAAGAUAUAUUUUACAGAGAAUGUAUAUAUAUAACCACUAUGUAGGUUCUACAAUUAAAAUAUUACUGCAUUCACUUUAGCACAUAUUUAUCCAUCCCUCUAUCCAUCAAUCCACCUAUCUUUCUGUUUAAAUACAGGUAAUACAAGUUUCGGACAUCACAGUACUCUUUCUUCCUAUAGAAUUCAACUUGUAUAUUGUUAGCUAAAGAUCUACUUUUUUAAAAAAAGUUUUUUAUAGGUAAAAUUUGCAUUCCAUGAAAUACAUAAAUGUGAAGUGUACUAAUCCAUGAAUCUUAAUAAAUGCAUACACUUGAAUAAACCAAGCCCGUAUCAAGAUAUACAACUUGACACAACCUAUUUACAGUUAAUAUUUGUACCACUUCACAUAAAAUAUAGAAACCUCGUAACCAUACAGGAUGUUUACCCACUUCUUCCAUUUGUUAUCUUAGAGUUGUUCUAUGAAUUGCAGAUAGCAUACAGUACAGACUCCACACCAUAAUAAUUUACUUUGAGUAGUCGUGUACACUUUAAACAAGGGGAAGAAAACCUCAGUUAUAUUGACCCACAUUGUCAUUUCCAACACUUUUUUCCUUUUGAAAAUCCAAGUUUCCUUGUAACAUCAUUCAUGUCCUCCUGAAAAAUAUCACCACCUAUAUGACUGUUCAGGUAUGCUGGCAAUGAAUUAUCCUAGUUUCCUUAUACAUGAAAAUGUCUUUACUUUGUUUUCCUUUAUGAAGAGUGCUUUGCUGCAUAUAUAAUUCUGAAUUGACAGUUUAUUCCCACCCCCCUUUCAUACUUUAAAGAUAGUCCUCCACUGUCUUCUGGCCUCCAUUGUUUCCGGUAAGAAGUCAGUAUAUUGAAAUUGUUUUCUCCCUGUGUGUAUAAAAAAAA